AUGGACUUCCUCAAGAAGAAGAUGAAGGAGCUAAUGGAUGACGAUAAGCCAAAGGAGACUCAGGGAGAUCAUGGGGCUCCUGGCAGUGUAGCUCAUGGUGAACGAUCGGCUUCUGCUAGCUACUACAACCAAGAACCUCCCACUGCUGGCUAUUACACACCGCAACAGCAGUAUCCCCCACCACAAGCUCAAGUCCACCCUCAACAGGAUCCUCCUCCUCCAGGUCAUGCAUACCCACACCAGCAGCCGUACGGACAGGGCCUACCCACCCCAGUGGGCCCUCCUGCACCCUACGGUGCUCCUCCACCCAUGCCCCCAGGAUGGACUCAGCACUGGGACCAGAACAGUCAGCGAUGGUACUACACGGAAACAGCUACCGGCCGCACUCAGUGGGAUCCUCCCGCCCAUCUACCUCCGGGCCCAUAUGCACCGCCUCCAGCUGGAGCGCCUUACCUAGCUCCGGCUGGCCAUGACGAGCGUGGCCUUUUUGGCAACACUCACGGCCACCAAGGUCAUGAUUACACCCAAUCUGGCAUGGCUACCAAUGAAGCCGAAAAGAAAAAAGAAAAAUCCGGCCACUCGACCGCCAUGCUCGCCGCGGCUGGUGUUGGCGGUCUUGCUGCCGGUGCCUGGAUUGGGCAUGAAUUGACCGAGGAGGACGACAAGUCUCAGUCCCAGUCCUACGCUCCGCCUCCUACAGCUGCUGCAGCCGCUGCGCCUGCUCCUAACUCUGCCGCACCUGACCCUUAUGCCGCUGAUCCUUAUGCCGCUGAUCCUUAUGCCGCUGAUCCUUAUGGUGCGCCUGCUGCGGAUCAUUAUGGCGAUCAGGCCUUUGCCCCGCCUCCCCCAGUCCCGACACACGAUGCAGACGGAGAUUCGAUUUCUAGCAGCGACCGGGAGUCCAUGGAGGAGAAGCGGGAGGAACUCAUCGAGGCUCAGGAAGCGUAUCAAGAGGAGCUUGAGGAGAAUUAUGAUUCAGACUAA